CCCCUAGCGCACCGCUACCCACGGCACCUCGAUUUCCCGUCAUAUAUAAGGGCUGCGUACUGCAGCGGCAGAUCAGUUUCAAACUUAGCGCCACACAGAGCGAUCGUCAUCGAACAGAUGACCGAACCAAUUCUAGUCAACCCCGUCGAAAGCAUUCCGACUUGCAAAGGGACGUUCUCCAAAACUGGCGAGAAAAGCGCUGUCGUCACUCCGUCGGAAACAAGCGCAGUUUAGAGUUUACAAGAAAGUGCGUCGAAAGUGUAAAAAAAACUAUUGUAGUGCCAGGCGCAAGCGGCUGGGACUCGGAGUUAAAAUUUCGUUUUCAAUGAGCAUACUGCAAGAAUAAAAGUUACACUGAUGUUGGACGUCGCGAGAAGGCAGAACAGUGAUAUGUACACACAUCGAUUCUCUAAUAACGCACUGAUAAUGAGCCUCGGAGCGCUCGCCAAACCUGCACUCCCAGCAAUGUCGCCGUCAAACAGACUGCUGUCACUACCUCCACCGGUCUCGCAGCACAGGCCAAUCGUCAAGGCGUCCACUAUGCUCAGUCAAGACUCUUUCACAGAAAUCAUCGACGUCGACAGUCUCAUGACGGACGAGGCGCCAGGGCCUCUUGUUCAAUACGUCGAAAUCGCCGAGGCGGCGGGUAAAUUGUACUGCGUGGAUAAUCAGAUCAAAGCGGAGUGCUGGCUCAAGAUCAUAACCAUUGCCAAAGAUUGCCAAAGUUCUAACGUUCUGCUGAUGACGGACGAAAAAGGAGUUUUUUUAAAAACGAUCAGACCUAUCGUAUCCGGAGAGACGCUUCUGCUGUGGUUCACGCAAAAUAUACUGGCCAUGUUAAACAUGCCCUACCUGACCAGUGUGAAUAUUGAAACAUGUUACAACCGCUACGUAUGCCACGUGUGCCAACUUCAAUUUGACUAUCCGAAUAAUUUGAAAAUUCACCUGGCACUCGACUGCAACCGUCUCGACAGCAAUCACUUGUGGAGACAGCUGGGCAAGGAGUUCAACCGAGUACCGCUACCGAUGCUCUCCCUGGACGUCUUCCAGAAGCCGCCACCACCGUUCAGCUUCACGCUUACAGGAUUGCCCAGCCAGCCGCCGUCCCCAGCUAGCGUGUCGCCACCGGCUCAUGCAUCGACGCCCAGCCGAACGCUCACGCCAGCUCGCAUCUCACCAAUCGCCCUGGAAGGAACUUUCAACAUCAGCACCCAAGCUCUGCUCAGCGGCAGCAGCACCCUGUCGCCUUCGCUCUCGACCUCGACUUCGCCGAACUCGUCGACUCAGACCUCGCCAAAGUCUCCGGGACAGAUGUCGUACUGCUCGUCCGCUUCCUCGAACGCUCCUCUCUCGCCGGUCAAGAGGAACAUCGGCCAGAGGCAUUCGGCCUUCAAGCCGUACAGCAUGCACAAGCCCACUGUCGUUCCGAGCUCUGUGACACCGCCAGCUCUCAAACCCAUCAUGCCGGCGUAUCACCUCCUGACCGUCGUCACUCCACCUCCACCUCCUCCUCCUCCGGUGGCUCUUAUGCCGAUGGGUCCGGGUCCAGUUCAGCCGGAUGCUCACGCUGCUCACAUGGAAACCGUCGCCAGCAAUCUGGGCAAAUCGAAAGCUGGACACCAGUGCAUCUACUGCGGCAAAAUCUACUCCAGAAAAUACGGAUUAAAAAUUCACAUCAGAACACACACCGGCUACAAGCCACUUAAGUGCAAAUUCUGUCUGAGGCCGUUCGGCGACCCGAGCAAUCUGAACAAGCACGUCAGACUGCACGCCGACGGCGAUACUCCCUACCGCUGCCAUCUCUGCGACAAAGUUCUGGUCAGGAGGCGCGAUCUGGAAAGGCACAUCAGGUCACGACACCGCAACGACGGCAGCCCCGAAACUCGCGACACCGACGGAACAACCGACACUACGACCGACGAGGACAUGGACGACGCUCCAGAACUGUAAAAGACCACAAGGCCCUGUCGUUUUCGUUUUCUUCUUGGUUGAGACUACCUAGUAGCGAUAUCUUCUAGUGGCGAAAGCGCGAGUCCAGCUGAGUACACCGAGUGUUCCUUUUCCGCUGGAUCCUUCUUACUAUUAUUUAAAUCCAUAAGCUUUAUCCGUUCCUAGUCCUUUUUCUGAGCAUCUUCCAUUGGUUCCUGAUCAUAACCCCGGUGACCGCUUGGACACGUCUUCCUGUGGACAGCCUUCGGGCCCUGCAGGAGCGUUAUUUAUAUCUAUUGAUCUCCGCCACAUACGGCCUUGUGGUUAGUUAAUUUAAGUCAUACAUCCGGCUGGAUCCGGAUCGUCGUUUUACAUCCGCUCGGUCUUACUGUAGUGUAUACGUCAUCGAAACUGACGUAGGUUGCACGAUCGUAUCGAGUCGAUCGGGCAUUCCCAAGAGACUGAAAUUUAUGUAAUUGUGUAUAACAUUUUCUUGAUCUGUCAACGUAAGAUAAGUUAAAUAAGUUAAAUCGUCUAUAUUUUUCAACGCAACCGUUUCACGCUGAAAAUAUUGUUAUUAUUAUUAUAGAUAUU